UAUUACUUUUAUAUAACAUGCAUUAGUUUAUUGUUGUAUAGGAAAUAGAAAUAAAUGAUUAAAAUCUGAACACAAUGUCAACAAUAACAAGUUUAUUAUCUUUAGAUAAUCCUGUAUUUACUGCAUAUGUUUUUUAUGCAUGUGUAUUGGUUUUAAAAACUUUGUUUAUGGUAGCAUUAAUUGGACGUUAUCGAUGGACGAAACUAAUAUUUAUUAGUCCAGAAGAUGCAAAAUUCACGACAAAUGCAACGUGUGCAAAUGAUGAUCCGGAUAUAGAGCGAUGUCGUAGAGCUCAUUUAAAUGAUUUGGAAAACAUUCCUGCAUUUUUAUUCGUAGCAUUAUUCUACGUUUUAACUGAUCCAAAAGAUUUUAUCGCUUUAAAUUUAUUUCGUUUGUUUACAUUAGCACGAUUUAUUCAUACAUUUGUGUACGCUGUAAUUGUUGUGCCACAGCCAGCAAGAGUUAUAUCUUGGGCGAUUGGAUUUAUAAUUACUAUUUAUAUUUCAGUUGCAACUGCAAUAUACUUUUUCUAAGCAGAAAAAAAAACAGCAUUUUAUGAUUUAUUAAGCUAGUUUAAAGUUGUUUCUUGAUUGUGCCUAACAGGAACGAUGACGAGAGACUGCGAAAUACCCUUCACUGGUAGAAUAAAUCAUUUCUAAUCAUAGAAAUUCAUUAUAAUUGUAAAUUUAAGAAGUUAUUAUAAAAUUUUUUUUAAUAAAAUAAAACGAUAAAAGGAGUUGUAUGGGAAAAAUUAUCCAGCAAACCGUUUCAUUACUAAUUGUAAUUUUUUCAGGCUCUACUGUGUAAAACACACAAUAUA